AUGGAAGGUGAGUUCAAAGAUCUCAAAACACUUAUUUUGAAAGAGAAUCCAAAAGCCUUUUAUGUUCAUUGUUUUCCUCAUCAACUUCAAUUAGCUCUUGUAGCUAUAGCAAAGAAGCAUAAGAAAGUCCAAACACUCUUUAAUUUGGUUUCUAGCGUGGUGAAUAUUGUUGGAGCUUCUUCUAAACGUUGUGAUAUUCUCCAAGAGAAACAAGAAGCCCUAAUUUCUGAACCAAUCAUUAAUGUGAGAUUUCAAGUGGGCGAGGUCUUAAUCAACAAAGUACUAUUGCACAUUUUGGUGACACGUUGGGGAUCGCAUUAUCGUACUUUGGUUAGUUUGAUUUUGAUGUUCUCACCUAUAAUUGAUGUCAUUGAAAUGAUUUCAAUUGAUGGAUCAACACGAAUUUCAAAUGAAUUGUCUACGGCAUUACAAAGAAAAGAUCACGAUAUUGUAAAUGCCAUGAGUUUAGUGACAGUAUGCAAACAAAGACUCCAAGAAAUGAGGGACAAUGAGUGGAAUUUUUUUUUGGAUGAAGUCGUUUCUUUUUGUCAAAAGCAUAAUAUUGAUGUUCCUGAUAUGGAUAGUGUCUUUGUACGCCCAGGUCACUCAUGGCGUAAUAUUGAACAAAUGACAAAUUUUCAUCGCUUCCGUGUGGAUUUAUUUUAUUCUGUCAUUAAUAUGCAACUUCAAGAAUUGAAUGAUCAUUUUUCUGAGGUACAGCUCAUGACACUUGAUGAUCAGCUUCGAAACUAUAUUAUUGAUAUGCGCUCGAACAAGGAGUUCAGAGAAUUGAAGGGACUUAGUGAACUUGCAUUGAAGUUGGUUGAGACCAAAAGAAAUAAAGUGUAUCCGUUAGUUUACAUGCUUGUGACUUUAGGAUUAACUCUUCCAGUUGCUACUGCUUCAGUUGAAAGAGUAUUUUUUACUAUGAACAUUGUGAAGAAUCAACUGCGUAAUCAGAUUGGAUACCAAUGGAUGAAUGAUAGCUUAGUUGUCUAUCUGAAAAAAGAUGUAUUUAACGAAAUCGAUAACAAGAUUAUUAUACGGCGUUUUCAAAGUAUGAGAAGCCGUAAGGAACAAUUAUAA